UCAACGUUGCCAAGGCCUCGUACGUAGCAACCCCCCUCGUCUCCAGCACGAGAUGUCGUCCUCCUCUCCGUCUUCCUCUUCGAGCGCUCAGAAAGAUGCGGACCCGAUCCUGCUCAGCGUCUUCUCGAAUCGCUUCAGCUCCAUUGCUGAUGCCAUGGGAAGAACGCUAGAGCAGACGAGUAUCUCGGUCAAUGUCAAGCUGCGACUGGACUUUAGCUGUGCGCUCUUCGGACCUGAUGGUUCGCUGGUCGCCAAUGCGCCCAAUCUGCCCGUCCACCUGGGCUCGAUGAGCUUCGCAGUAGCUUAUCAGAUCGACUAUCUGGGCAUAGCUGGGAUUAAGAAGGGAGAUGUCAUCAUGGCCAAUCAUCCUGCUGCAGGAGGCUCUCACUUGCCUGAUAUCACCAUCAUCAGCCCUUGCUUCUCAGAAAAAGGAGAGAUCAUCUUCUUUGUAGCCAGUCGAGCACAUCACGCUGAUAUCGGAGGAGUAUCCCCAGGUUCGAUGCCUCCACACUCGAAGACUCUACACGAAGAAGGCGCCCAAAUCAAGUCCUUCAAGAUUGUAGAGGGUGGCAAGUACAACCGCGAUGGUGUUGUAAAGCAUCUCCUCGAAGACCCUGCCCAGUAUCCCGGUUGCUCAGGCACGCGCUGUCUUCGCGAUGUGGAGAGUGAUCUGCAAGCUCAGAUCGCAGCUAACCAGAAGGGGAUCAAUCUGCUCAACGUGCUGAUCGACGAAUGGGGUCUACAGAUGGUGCAAGACUACAUGAUGUACAUCCGCUCUAAUGCCGAGCUGUCCGUAAGAAACUUGCUCAAGGAGGUAGCCAAGCGGCAAGAGACGACUUACCUCUACGCCAAGGACUACAUGGACGACGGCUCUCCCAUUGAGCUGAAGAUCACCAUCGAUGAGAAGGAUGGCUCGGCCUUCUUUGACUUCGAAGGGACUGGGCCAGAAGUGCUGGGCAAUUGGAAUUGCCCGAAGAGCGUAUGCUACUCGGCCAUUAUUUACUGCCUGCGAUGCAUGGUCGCCGUAGAUAUCCCGCUAAAUCAGGGCUGUCUAGCGCCAGUGACGGUCAAGAUUCCCGAAGGGUCUCUCCUCGACCCAAGCGACAAUGCAGCUGUAGUAGGCGGGAACGUCUUGACCAGCCAAAGAAUCACCGACAUUGUCUUGAAAGCCUUCAAGGCAGCAGCAGCCAGCCAGGGUGACUGCAACAAUCUCACCUUCGGAAUGGGAGGCUCAGACAAGGAUGGCAAGCACGUCGACGGCUUCGGUUACUACGAGACUAUUGCCGGUGGGAGUGGAGCCGGACCGGACUGGCAGGGCACAGAUGGAGUGCACGUAGCAAUGACCAACACCCGUGCAACAGACGUCGAGACCCUCGAGCGCAACUACCCCGUCGUCCUUCGCCGCUUUGAGAUCCGCGACGGCUCGGGUGGGGUAGGCCGCAAUCGUGGGGGUAACGGUGUGACUAAGGAGCUCCAGUUCCUCACACCGCAGAUGCAGGUCUCGAUCCUCUCCGAGAGGCGCGUUUACCACCCCUUUGGACUCGAGGGAGGGGGCGAUGCGGAGUGUGGGCGCAAUACUUGGAUCAAGCAUGAGAUGGACAAGGAUGGGAAGACGCAAGUACAGAAGAGGAUCAAUCUGGGCGGGAAGGCAUCAACAAUGAUGUCCCGCGGCGACCGGAUCAUCAUCGAGACACCGGGAGGAGGCGGGUGGGGCGCUCCUGAUAGCUCAAAGGCCGGAUCGGACAGGAAUACAGGGGACGAACCUGCUGGCAUUCUCCACAGUGGUCUGCUCAAGGGAAGUCUGGUGGAACGGGUAGCUAAUCAGCUGGGCGUGUGAGCGGGGAGGGACUAGACGAGGAAAAGUGUCAAGGGAUGCUCUCGCCUUACAAUUGCGUGCGGGUCUGUGUAAAUGAUCACAAGGGCCUGAUGUUUUUCAAUGCGUAUUGCUAUUGACAUACCACUUUGUAGAGACGACAAUUGUAUGUAGUGACGGUAC